AUGCCAAGGGCAGGCCACGGGUGCGGCGGCCGUCGCGCAGCUUCUCGAAGGCUGAUGGAGUGGCGCUGGCAGGCCUUGAGUCCGUGCACACGGGCGUGGUCUGUGCUGUGGACCGGCCUAACCGGCGGGGCUUCAUCCGAGUGGAGGAGCUGCACGAGCUGCUGGGGAAGGAUGUGCUCUUCCGCCUGGCUCAACUGCCAGGUGCUGAGGUGCUCUUCGGUGUCUAUGUGGGUGGGGCAGCGUAUCAGCUUCCGAGUGGAGCUGGAGGAGGGCCGGCCUAAGGUGAAGGAGGUCCUUUCAGGCGAUGGACCUCCGGUCUCGGGACCUCCAGUCUCAUCCAAAAAGGGGGAGCCCUUCGAGAAGAGCGAGGUGUGCCUGGUGAAGUUGGAGGGGAACUUUGGGCCCUCAGGGCUAUGCUUUGGCCUUAGCCGUGCCAAGCUCCCUGAGGUGCAGUUCAUUCGACCGGAGCAGAGCCAAUUCUGGCGCAGGAAUGAGGUCCACGUGGGGGAUCGCUUGAUGCGAAUUGAGGGUGCCCACUACACCUUCGUCUUGGGAAGUGAGCCCGAACGGCGUCCCAGCGAGCUGUCGGAGGGUCUCCGCCAGCGGCCCGUGGAGCUCUCCUUCCUUCGCGUCACGUGA